GGUCCCCCGCCCGUAACCAUCCAUCAGCCGCUUGCCCGCUGACUUCAUUCUUUGUUUGUGUGUCAGUACGUUCGCACGUCUGGAAAAUUUUUUUCCGUUCGUUCCUUUUUUUGUUCUUUGCGCAGUGUUUUGGUUAUGCCGGGGUUUCGUCGUAUUAGGGCACGGAGUCCUAAGGGGAAGAGUGGCAGGAUCCUGAAGGUGUUGGAGGAUUUGGAGAGGCGAGUUAAAGGAAUUGAAGGUCGGGGGCGGCGACGUAGAAGUCGACGUUUACUUUCGUCUUCGUCAUCGUCCAGAAGCUCGUCUCCUGCGGCUGCCAGUCCGUCGCCUAUUCGUCACCGACGGUCUCGCUCCCUUUCUCGUUCUCGCUCUCGUUCACGCUCACGCUGCGGAUUUCCCAUCCGCAUUAGUGAGGUCCGUCGCAGUCGAGACUCUCCGAUUUCGAGCGACGCAGUAGCAGAGGACGUUUCAAUGGCAGAUAACAUUAUUUUCGAAGGGGAGGCCGCCCAAGGUUCAGCGGCGGCCCUAAGUGAAGAUGUGUUGGACAUCUUAGGACCUAAUGAGGCACCCACCAUUGUGCAUGGGCCAAAAAUUAAUGGUAAUUUGGUGCCACGGUGGGAAAGCAUUUUGCAAUCAGGGCUGUCAGAUGAAGACAGGAACAAGUCUCUGUCAAAACUCCCUCCACCUGAAAAUUUCCAGAAAUUACUUGCACCACAAUUAAAUGCAAUGUUGGAAAAAGCCAUUUCUCUGUCGCAAAUUGCAAGAGACCUUAAAUUGCAGAAACUACAACAAUUGGUGGUAGGCAGCAUCUCCGCCGUGGGCCAGGUCCUCAGUUCAAUUCUAGCAGAGCCAGGGGGGGGAGACAGGCAUCAUAUUGAACUGUUAUAUGGGGCAGGGAGUUUGUUGGCGGAUUUGUGGCAUUCUCAAACAGUCACACGCAGGGACUUAAUCUCUAUCAACCUGAGUAAGGAAUUUCAAGAAGCCAAUAAGCGGAUUUCCCUGGAUAACUUUCUAUUUGGAGAAGAUCUACAGGAAAGGUUAAAAGUUUUCAAAAAUUUGGAAGACUGUGGAAAAACCCUCAAAGCAAGACCCCCCAAAACCGUUUCAACACCAUCAAGGUCAAGAUCCAACACUAGUGCUUUGAGUUCAAGGUCUUUAAACUACAGAGCCCCGACUCGGGUCCUGCGGGGAGCUCACCGAGGAAGGGGCAAUUUCCGUCAACAAGCUCCUUACCCACUCAGACAACAAGCUCCACAGCAGUUCAGUCAACCUCCGAGGGACCCGAAGAAGCACCGUUUUCGAGGCCACUUUUAAAGGUUAGGGUGCUAGCGGGCAGACUCAAGUUUUUCUAUAGAAAGUGGGAUUUGUUUUGUAAUGACAGGGUAAUUUUAAGUUGGGUAAAAGGCCUUAAAAUUCCAUUUUGGAAAUUACCAUCGCAGCGAAUAUCCAAUAGGCCCGGUUGGUCUGGCUACCCAGGGGCGGCGGUACAACGCUCUGUUGACAAACUCCUGUCUGUGGGGGCCAUAAACAAGGUCAAACCAUGCAAAAAUCAGUUUCUGUCUAAAUUUUUUCUCAGGCCCAAAAAGGAUGGAUCUUACAGAUUCAUCCUAAAUCUCAAAAAAUUAAAUAAAUUUGUGGCUUGCGAGCAUUUUAAGAUGGAGGAUCAUCGCACUGUUGCCAGGCUUCUUUUUACUAAUUGCUUUAUGGCCAAGAUUGACUUAAAAGAUGCCUAUUUUUUAUUACCCAUUCAUAAAAACCACAGGAAAUAUCUUAGGUUUCAGGUUGAAGGUAACAUAUAUGAAUACAAUUGUUUGCCAUUUGGACUAAAUGUAGCUCCUCGAAUAUUCACCAAACUAAUGAAACCAGUGUUUGCACACCUUAGAAAAAAGGGACUUAUUUCAGUAGUUUAUUUAGACGAUAUUUUAUUAUUUGGAAACACUCGUCAGAGUUGUGUUCACAAUGUUAAAGAGACUCUGAAACUUAUCACGUCUUUGGGGUUUAUACCGAAUCUGGAGAAAAGUCAACUAGUCCCGUCACAAGAGAUUGAGUACUUGGGGUUUGUAUACAAUUCAAUAGAUAUGUCCAUCAGUUUACCAUCUACAAAAAUCUCCAAAACAUUAAAAUUGCUUAACAGAUUUUCGCUAUUACAACGCUGUUCAAUCAGGGACUUUGCUACAGUUUUAGGAACUUUGACUUCCGUGUGCCCUGCCGUUAAAUACGGUUGGCUUUACACGAAACUGCUUGAAAGAGAAAAGUAUUUGGCGCUGGGUACAUCAGGCAACUAUAAUAAAGAAAUGGACAUAUCCUCUCAAGUUUUAAAGGAAUUACAGUGGUGGUUAAGCAACUUACCAUGCGCGAUAAACCCGAUUCGAUUAGAUGUUUUCAGUAUUGAGAUUUUUUCAGACGCCUCUUUGACUGGAUGGGGCAUUAGUUGUUCUUCGGAGAAAUCGCGGGGAUUUUGGUCAGAUUCAGAAAGGCAUCACCACAUAAAUUAUCUCGAACUUCUUGCGGUGUCUUAUGGUCUGAAAUGCUUUGCUGCAAACCUAAGUAACUGCAACAUCCUUUGUCGAGUCGAUAACUCAACGGCCUUGGCCUAUAUAAACAAAAUGGGUAGUAUUAAAUUCCCGAAGCUUAAUGAACUUGCCCGGAUCAUCUGGCAAUGGUGCGAAACGCGAAACUUGUUUAUAUAUGCUUCAUACAUUAAAUCUUCGGACAAUAUCAUUGCGGAUGCAGAAUCUCGCUGUCUGAAGAUUGAAUCGGAGUGGUCCUUAAAUGUAUCAGCAUUCAAUAAGAUUUUGGACGGUUUUGGUCAACCAGAGAUAGAUCUGUUUGCUACCAAAAAUAAUGCCAAAUGCACAAAGUUUGUCUCAUGGUUGAGAGAUCCGGAGAGUAUUGCUAUUGACGCGUUUACUAUAGAUUGGAAGAAUUUUUUCUUCUAUGCGUUUCCUCCGUUUGCACUAAUACUAAGAGUGCUGCGGAAAAUUAUAACA